AUGCCCACGCCGCUCAUCAAUUUUAAGGCGGGUCGUUGUGACCUUGAUACCACCACUCACCCAUACAAGGCCGAACCACGACCAGACCUCGGAUACAUUUCCCUCCACUAUGAAGAUGAUCUCGUUCGAUUCUGUUGGCGAGAGCGUGACGCGCCGCUUAGCCAGGCUGAUCUCGAACUUGUAAUGGUGCCUACAGAUGGCACCUUCGUCCCCUACCAGCCCGAUGAAAUCGCUCAUCCGAGAUCAAAGCCAGACGCCCGCAUAUUCGUCCUCAAGUUUGCGUCUUCGUCACAGCGUCACCUCUUUUGGCUCCAGUCAAAACCGCAGGACAGCAGCAACCCCAGCCUCCUGAGCCGUCGCGACCGUGAGAUAGGCGAGAUUGUCAACCGUAUCCUGCAAGGCGAAGACUUCCGUGUCUCUGAAGCGGUCGACCGACUCCGUGCCAUGAACGAGCGACGCGAUGACGAUGAAGACGAAACUAUGGAGGACGCCGAGGGCCAGGGCUCAGGAUCCCGUCAACGUCACGGCAGUGGUGGUGCCGGCGCUGGUGCCACAGGAGGGGAUAUCAGAGAGGAGGGCGAGGAAUCUAGAGAAGGUGGUUCCGACGGUGCGAGAGCAGCCCCAAAUGAUGCAAGAGACGCGAGCGCUGCGGUGCAGAGGUUCUUGAGCUCCAUCUCGAACACCAAGCUCCCAGGCGGCCUGGGUCAAACACAGCGGGGUGGCGAUUUGCCCUACCCCUAUCUCAACCAUCUUCUAUCUACCUCAAUCACGGUUCCCAUGGUGAAUGAAGCGUCGGAGGUCUUCAUCAACACUCUACUUGACCACCUUCCUCCCUCAAUCAUCGUUAUGACUGCAGACGCUACAGAUGGUGACGACAGCACGGCGGAGCCCAGUCCCACGGCUGUUGAGGCGGCUAAGGCGUCGUUAUCUAUUUCCGAGAAGCGAGCAUUGGUAACAACGGUGCUACGGAGCCCCCAAUUUCACCAGGCCCUUGGGACGCUGACAAUGGCUCUGCGAGAUGGUGGAUUACCCACUGUUGCCGGGGCUCUUGGGGUAAAUGUUGAGAAUAAUGGCUACAUUCAGCAGAGCGGCAUGCCAUUGGGCGGCGGCCACGCGGUCAAGGCAUUCGUCGAUGGUAUCACCAAGUCUGCCAAGGAGCAGUCAAAGUGA